UACGCCAGACGGACGUGGUCCCUGUAUAUCGGUUUUCCGGGAAAAUUUAGGAAAAGAUCGCACGUACUCUGAGUUCCAGUCUUGUGGCUUGGAAGAGCGGUCGCGUAAUUUUCGGGAAGAUCACGAUCGUGAGCUUUGAAGGCUUCUUCCAGAAUAGCGUGAGUGAGUCCCUCUUCGGCGUUUGCAAAAGCAGCGCGAGCAGAACUUUGAACGCGCGAGUUACGUAAGCUGGAUCGGGUUGUACUCGGGAACUUGGCAGUGGCCCAUUCGUUAGAAGCCAGUGCGCGAAGAAGAACAACAACUGCCGAACGGUGAACGAGUGCGAGUUUUGGCACAACUUGAUCCCACUCGAGUGUGUUUUCCUUUUUCGGGAAGACGAAGUCGAUUCGGUGGCAUAAACAGAAAGGUGAAUGAUCGAGGAGUAUUCUAAGAGUGGAGGUACGAUGGUGAUGUAAUUGUGAUCUGGGAAGAUAGUGUUGAAUUUAGCAAAACAUUGCAGAAGGAUUCAAACGAUUAACUAGAGGAAGAGUCACGAACCUGUUUGAAUUUUGAAGCGGAAAACGAUUUCAAUAGACCAGCAGCAACGAACCUGAAAUUCAUCGAAAAUCUGUGCAUAACUCAUGUGAAUAAAAUUUUGUUGAAGAAAUCAUUCAUUAGUAAACCGCAACGCUCUGAAAAUCUGUGAAUUAUCAAUUAGUUAUAUGGGGUUGGUAUCCUAAACAGAAAAAAAAACACAGUGAGUAUAUAAAGCAUUAACGACAAGUCGUUCUACUGGAAGAAUCCAGCAAAUGAAACAACAACAAACGAUAGGUGGCUGAAUCAAUUGGGGUGAGUGAAACGGGAAUCCCCAGGAAUAAAUUGCGACUUGGCAAUUCGCGGAUCAAGCUGCUUGUUUGAUCCCUCGGGAACCUCUCUCUGUGGUAUGUGAUCUGCCUGCCACAAGCAGCAGAAACCAGUGAAAUCUAAACCUUGCGUUCUGAGUUGUGUAAGAAAAAUUGAAAAAAAAAGUGAUUUAAAUGAGCAACUACGCAAAUCCCAACCUUCUGCAGAAAACGAUUCCAGAAUCUUGUGGGGUGACCAAAGUGCCGACUGUUUUUGUUUAUUGGAAUUCUUGUAAUCACCUCUAAAAAUAUAACCAGCCACUUCGCAACUCAUGUGAUCGUGAAAAUUAGCGGAAACUCUACGUCUAGAACAUCAACCCAGUGAAAAUCGGAACAUCUACUACUUGAAAGAUAUAAACAAAAUUAGCAAACAGUCCAGAAACAUCAUCAAUUAUCAUGUGCGUCGUAAUCAACUACUGAACGAGAAAAAAACUUAAAGGUCUUGUGAAAACGUCAUCUAUGGGCGGCAAAUAAAUUGAAGAUAACGACCAUGGCCGGAACGCAACCACCCCGGAGCGUCACGCCGAACGUCCAGCAGGACUACGACGUAACGCGGAUGCGAGAGGAAGACUUUGAACGACUGGCCGUCUACAUCGUGCCGGAUGUGCCCUGCGAGAAGGGAGUGCCCAACCGGGCCGACAAAACGCUACCCCGCAGCCUUACCCUGAAGCCGUCGCUGGUCCUGUCGACGCCAACGGUGACGACGGAAGGAGUAUGGAGUACCGGAGUGAUCCCUCGGGGAACACGAUUUGGGCCAUUCGAGGGAAUUCGGACGCCCAGCCACCCCAGCGAUAAAACCCUGUGGCGGUACUUCUGGAGGGUGCAGGAGCUGCGACAUGUUUCCUAUGGCAACAUUAAGAUAUUCAAAGACAGCGACUUCUUCUACCUGGACGGGUCAGAUCCGUCGCAGGCCAACUGGAUGCGGUACGUCGCAUCGGCCUACAGCUUUUCGGUGAUGAAUCUUGUGGCCUGUCAGCACCAGGAGCACAUCUACUUCUACACAAUCCGUGAUAUUAUGCCGAACGAGGAGCUAAUGGUGUGGUACUGUCGGGACUUUGCCAAGCGGCUGGGCUACGACAUCGAUCCGGAGCGUGCAACCUACUCGAUCUGUCGGGAGGAAGCGCUGAAGAAAACGUACGGAGCCAUUGUGAAAGCUCCGGUUCCUAGCGAAGUGGCCUACAAUCAUGUGAAGCAUGUUAUGGGUCUGUAUUUGCCAGCGGUGAGGAAUACUCCAACACCCAGCCCUUCACCUCCUGCAGCAACGAUGCCGCCUGUCGCAAGCACCACAUCCACAACAACAACUAUUGUAGUUCCUCACAAGCACCAGCAUCAUCAUCAUCAACCGCAUCACCAAGUACAUCCGACAGUGCUACGAGAGCCAAGGAGUACUGAAGCGCCACAAAGGAGGUCUCCGGUUCGAGUUGUGAUCCAGGAGCAAAGUCCGCUACGGGAAAGUGCAAAAGAGGUAGACGCGAACUCACCGAUCUCUCAAAACAGUAAGGAAGGGCACUACGAACAUCAGCUGACGCCCAAUGAUGGUUCUGUGAGGUCAGACGAGGGAUACCAUAGCAAUGGAUACCAUGAGGAUGGCCUUACGCCUCCAGAGGACUCCAGUGAUAGUGAAAGUGAGCACAACUACGUGUUGGAUUGCUCUAAGAAAGCAAUUGAACCGAAAGAAACUACCGUUAAUGCAAAGGUAGAAAUAUGUGAUAAGAAUGAAUACAGGAAAGUAAAGAUGAAGAUGCCAUUAAAGUAUGAAUUCAAAAACAAUAAGAAUUUCAAAUCGGAGGAAGUCGGAGAGGAGGAAGAAGUUGUGACGACCGUUGAAGUUACCCCAGCAACUAGCUCAGUGAUUGUGGUGGACACGUCGCCAGAAGCAUCUGCACCGGUCAAAACGUAUUACGAAGCUGAAACAUCAACUCCGGCCACUUACAUACGGUAUACACCACCAAGCUCUAGCAUACUAGAAACGAUACUUACAGGAAAUCGGCCUCAACCGGAUGAUCCUCAACGAAGACAGCCGAACGCAACACCUCCUCCCACUUCUCCUACUGAAAUGGCGUAUUCGUACAAAAAAUCUCAACGAUACGGCACCGCAUGCAGUCCAGAUUCUAGCUCGCAAAACCCCGUCGAGAGCAGCGAACCCGGACUUCAAGUUAUUCAUGAAUCCAAACUCAUCGACACCGACCAUCGAGAAUCUCAAUCCCCAACGAUCAUCUACAGCCAAUCUGAGCUGAGGCCUCAACCGUCCCACUCUCCAGUGCCGUUCGAUCCUUCCCAGCAUGGCUAUUCCAUCUACCCUUCUCCAAAUGGCACUGUAAUCAACAGCACUUCCAACAUGACCUACUCUCCACCUCUUAACGGUGGUCACUACGAGAGACUGACAACGCACACAAUCCAAUCGUCGACUGGGUUCAUCCAGCUACAAGCCAAGGGUCAGCUACCCCUUGGUCACCCGCUGAUGAAUCCCCUUCCACCACUAACGCACAUGUCCCCAGGGCGACUGUCUCCACCUGGAAGCCUGAGUCCCGAUGGGGGAUCCUACUCACGAAGUGGAAGUCCCAUGAGUCCGGAGAGCCCUAACAGUCGAGGCUACCGAAGUCUACCGUAUCCUCUGCGAAAGCGAGAUGGCAAAAUGCACUACGAAUGUAACGUCUGCAGCAAAACAUUCGGUCAGCUGUCCAACCUCAAAGUCCACCUGCGAACGCAUUCCGGAGAGCGGCCCUUCAAAUGCAACGUUUGCACCAAAUCCUUCACUCAACUUGCCCACCUCCAGAAGCACCACCUGGUCCACACCGGCGAGAAACCGCACGAGUGUGACAUCUGUAAGAAGCGAUUCUCCUCGACUUCGAACCUUAAAACGCACCUGAGGCUACAUAGCGGCCAGAAGCCGUACGCGUGCGAUCUCUGCCCCCAGAAGUUCACCCAGUUCGUGCACCUCAAACUGCACAAGCGGCUGCACACCAACGAUCGGCCUUACGUGUGCCAGGGCUGCGACAAGAAGUACAUCAGCGCCUCCGGGUUGCGGACGCACUGGAAGACGACGAGCUGCAAGCCAAAUAAUCUGGAGGAGGAACUGGCGCUGGCCGCCGCCGCCACUUCCGAAAGCAUCGAUAAAGACUCAUCGGAAAUGGAUCACCGGGAGUACCACGAGAUGCAACACCCGCACCUGGGUCACCCGGGAGCGCCCCCAUCUGUUUCACCCGCCCAGCUAAGGCACCUUGGAUCUCCACCGCACAUGGUUGUCGGUUUGGCAUCUUCCCCGCAUCAUCAACCUCCCCAUCUGAGCCAUCCUGGUGGGCACCAUCAUCAGAUGAUCGUCCAUCCGGGACAUCCCGGUUCGGAAGCAGUGAUUCAGAAGAUCGGCAAAGUUCAUCAUCAUCAUCACAGCGGAACCCCCACCAGCACCAGCACGAAUCCCACUACAACCCUUAAUAACAACAACCCGGGCGUUUUGAACGGAAACAUCCCGCCACAGCAGGGCCAACAGAUGCACUAUCUAGGUGGUCAGAUGCCUUCGCAACAUCAACAACAACAGGCACCCGAGGCCACAACUCGACCCACUGUGAUCGAAUCCAGCCAGCCGAUGAUCAUCGAGUGCACGUAGCUUCCGGUAUCCGGAUCCGGAACCCAGCAGCCGUCACGACUCGAUAGUGUUAUCCGGAUUGGCAGCGAUCGACGAGUAUACUUGCAAUGAACGAUUGAGCAGUGGCAAAACAGAAAAUGAUCUUUGAAGUGCGCUAACGGUCGCGCAACCCCAUGUUAGGUUUUGUAAGCAUUGAACAUCUGUGAAUAUUAGCGAGUAAGAGAGGAAAAAAUGAUCAGAAAAUAAGAAAAAAAUAACAUGAAAAAACACAUACAGCUCUAGCGAGUAAGGCAGAAGCAUACGUUUAUAUAUACAUAUAUUUAUUUUUAUUAUCUACAAACUAAGAGAACUAACGAAAGCAAAGCAAAACAAAACAACUCUUUACUUGUUAAGUGUUCUUAAAUUUGACAACCCGUAGCUAUACGAAAUACGCAAACUAAAGUUAGGCGACUGUUUUGGUUCCAAAAACCAGGGAAAUCGAAUGCAUAAAUUUGACGGAUCUUCGAGGGCCUGCUUUUUGCUGAACACGAAACCGAAACUUGACGAUGCGAAAAUUUGGUUUCCGUCAUCUGAACUAUUCCAUCAAAUCUUGUAAAUAUAAACUGUAAGUUUAUUGAUGGAAAUAACGGGAACGGAAAUUAAACUCUCGCAUUGCCAUUGUUUUGGUUGAUUAAAUUUAAUAAUUUUAUUGACUGACUGAGAUAAUUCGGAGUUUUUUUUCUAAUGAACAAAUCAAUGCUGUUGAAAUUUGAUUAAGAACGAUUAAAAAAAUUAUCGAAUUAUUAUAAAAUACAUCCCUGAUUGAAUGAAUAUUUGAUGUAUAAUUUUUUUAACAAACUCUUCGAACAAGUGAAUAAAUUCCAGUCUUGUAAUAUUAUAAAAACAGAAGAAAGUCGGAGAAUUUAACUUAGUUGGACUCCAAUGUUAACAAGCUCUUUUAAAGUAAACUUACUCGUAAUUCAGCUAUAUGUAGUACACGCAAUAUGAUAAACAACUAUAACUUAGCCUUCGCUGCUUUUUUUGCAAUUUUUUUCCUAUAAGACAACAACUUUAUAAAAUAACACAGUCAGUGGUUGGAGAAUCUCUAACAAAUCCAUGGAAUAGAAUACUUUUAGGCGCAUUAGCUCCCUAGUGGAAACAGUUAUGAAAAUGCGGAAAUGAUUAAAAACGUCAAAAGAACAAGUUGUCUCCUUUAAAAUGUUGUCUAGUCCAAAAGCAAAAUCAGUUAAUUUCAAUUCAAUUUAAACCAUAAAUUUUUGAAACAAAACUUGUCAUCUUAGGUUGAUGUUUUCUAUUUUGAUACACUUUGAAGAAAUUUAUAAUUUGAUUUCAAGUUUUUAUUCUGACACAUAACAUUGGCUUAAGUUAUAGAUAUAUGUUUUCGACAGUGAAGAUGUUUUUAACUAAUGAUUUUUUGCUUUUUAUGGUCUUAGAUUUUAAUCAAACAUUUUUUUUUAAAUUCCCGACGUUUCGACCAUUUUGUGUGGUCUUUCUCAAGGAAACUGGAAGUUUAUUAUAAUAUAAUUAAUUAUGAGCAUUGUAAGUGAGCUAUUCUAAAAUGUGUAAACUCACCUCUGUUAUUGUCAAUAUCAUUUUUUCCAACAGCUAGGUGUCCAGUAUUUGCAGCUCUGUUGGAGGUAUGGUUGUUUUUACGUUUUCAGUCAUAUUUUUGAAUUGAUAAUUUUAUAAUUUCAACUGAAUGAAUUUUAAACUUUGUUUUUAUUUUCUUCAAAUUCUCAAAAAAUAUGUUGAUUUGAAACACAUAAGUUAUAAAAAAUGCUUUUAGUUAUUUAAAAAGUACUUUCUAUAAAAAAUAUAAACAAUUUUUUACAGAAUCUGUUAAAAGAAACAUCUUAAGGAAUAGCGAUUCAGGAUUUAAAUGAAGAAAAGAGAUUUGAAACUCAACUUGAAAAUUUCAGAUUCGGAAUUUUAUCAUUCAGUUUUUGAACUCAGGAUUUUUUAAUUCAAAACUUCAGAACUCAGAGCAAAAUAUUUAGACCUUGAAAUUUAAAAAUAAGAACUCCGCAUGCAGAACUCAGGAUUCGGAGCUCAGAUUUUUUUUAUUUCAAAUCCAAAGCUGUGAAUCUGUGAAAAGAAACAUCAUAAGGAAUCACGAUUCCGGAUUUAAAUUAAGAAUAGAGAUUCAAAACUCAGCUUUAAAAACUUCAGAUUCAGAAUUUUAGCAUUCAGAUUUUGAACUCAGGGUUAGUAAUUCAAAGCUUCAAAACUCAGAACUCAGGGCAAAAUAUUUAGAACUCGAAAUUCAAAAUCUAAAAAUCUCCGCAUUCAGGACUCAGAAUCCAGAGCUCGGAAUUUAGAACCUAAAAUUUUAACUCGAAAUUCAGAAAUUAGAAUUUAAAGAUGAAUAAUCAGAACCCUAAACUGAGAAUUCAGAACUCAGAAUAAACAUACCAAAACUCAAUACCCAGAAAUCAGAACACAUGGUUCCAAACUCAGAAUGCAUGAUUCAAAUUCAGACUUGAGAUCAGAUUUUAUGUAGAUUCCGAAUAGGGGUUCCGGAUUCAGGUUCUGAAUUUUGAUUCAGUAAUUAUCAUCCAGACUUCAGAAUCAUGCUGCAGAAUUGAGAAUCAGAAUACAGUUUCAGUUAUAGUUCUCCAAUUGAGAUUCCAUGAUCAGUAUUAAAAAAUAAACUGUUGUCCAAUAUCCUAUACAAAAUCAAAAUUGUACAACGGAGUUUAAUUUCAAAUUAAAAAUGUUUUUUUCAGAAAAUGGAAAACAUCAUCCGUUUUUUUUGCUGGAAUUUUGAAUUUUUUGUUUCUAGAAUUUGUGACGUUAAAUAACAGUAACCCACGAAGAUCCUUCAACUUUAACAUCGAUCCCAAUUGUACAGAGUCAAUGAAAAAACGAGAAACAAAAAACUGUAUUUAAAUUUAAAUUAACAAUAAAGAUUCCAUGGAAUCAGUAAUAAAAAAACAGUGAAAACGUUAAAUGAAAAAUUAUUACAAGUUAGCUGAAGAUCGGUGCUUUUUCCCAAGAAGUAAGUUUAAGCGAACGAUUCGAGGAGAGAGUUGCAACGGACUUUUCUGUGGGUUUAUCUACAUUCUAGCUAGGUGAGCCUUAACUGCAAAGAAGAAGUCGAACUCUCUUCCACGUUCGGAUUUAAAGAUAACCUACACGGAUAACAGACAAGUACACACUAAAAAAAGUAAUAUUAUCUCAGAAAAAUGAUUGGCGAGAAGUAAGCAAAAAAGAAAGUCAAAGGAAAAAAAUGGAAACCCAAUCAAAUUUAAAGUGUAAUAAACUAUUUUAAACGAAGAAAGUUGAGUCAUUAUUGAAAAAAAAACCUGAGAGGGAGAUGAAUUGUAUGUGAAAUAAAGGAAAAUCCAACUGAGAAAUGAAGGAACAAUUUACGGUGGCCAAACAGAAGACAUAUUGACACAUAUGUAUGUAGUUAAAAAGUUAAUCAAUUAUUUAAAUUUUCUUAGCCUGGUACAAUUCUAAACUUCGUAGAACAGCCAUAGAGAAGGCCCCAGCCUGUGUAAAGCGAACAAAAAUCCAUAGGAAGGUGCAGAAAAUCAAUGCAAAUUAAACACAAAAUUAGCUAGUUUAAAACCUAAAGUAAAACUUCUUAACUUAUUAUGUCAAACGUAUAAUAAUGUCUAGAAAACUUUAUGUUUGCAAUUACAGGCUGAAGUGUAUUUCGACGCAAUAAUCCCCGAAUUAUACAAUUCUUGUCUACGUUUUGUCACUUCACUAACGAGGUCUUGAAAAUUCUUUUUCUCAAAUUUCAAGUAUUUUGAAAAAAAAAAGUUAUUUACCUUUUUGAAAUAGCCCAAUUUUUAAACUUUCAAAACUUGUUUGCUUUCCUUAUGCUUAACCUUUUCUUCGAUUCCCAAAAAAGAUUUUUUUUUUUUCGAACAACCCGACUCAUUAAAGAGAGGUUAGUUUAUCCCCGUGAAAAUCCUGAGGCUCAAACCGUAAAUUCAAGUGAUGUUUGUUGAUCCUUAUUAGUUUUGUUUGAAUGUUGUAAAUUUGUUAAAUAAGUAUGCAAAUUAGAAAACAUAUAGUGUACUGUGUACAUUGGAGAGAGAAAAGAAAUGUAUUAAGUAAGAAAUUUUCUACAGAAAUAAAUUAUUCAACACUGGAAAAAAAAUAACAAAAAAUGUAAAUGCUGAUAUAUUACAAAAAAAAAGAAAAAAAAACAUAACACAAAAAGAAAUUUCUAUUCGAAUCGAAUUACGAUAGUUAAAACAGCAAAAUUAAAAGAUACUAAGCUAGAUGAACGAAAAAUGGAACGCUGCCGGACGGAAGUUAAUUUUUCGCCUCCCCCCAAACUCUCAUUUCCCUCUCUUAGUAGGAACUUUGGAUGGUCAAAACACUCUCUAGACUGAAUUCGAAAUUGGAAGAUACCCCAUUUUGGAGACCGAUAUUUUUACUGUCAACUUAUCAUUAUUAUUAUUAUUAUUAUUAUUAUAUUACUACCAGUAAGUAGCGUAUUUCUAUUUAACAUGUUAUGAUGAAACCGAGUUGCAAUCGAAAUUGGCAAUUGAUUUUUUUGUUUCCUGUUUGUCGAUGAGAAGUAAGCCAAAACAAAAAAAAAAGGAUUAGGCAAGUUGCUUGUUAGAAAGAAGGAAAACAUUGAAAACAAAAUAUCUGUGAGAGAAGAGCAUUGACUGAUUAAACGUAGUUCAUUUAGCGCUUAACUGCAAUUGUGGGUUUUUACGCGUAUAAAUUAUGAAAUCCUUUUGUUUUUGCUUCCAAACUCAAUAUAGCAAAAUCCUAAGGGAUCUUUUUACUGGUGAUAUGUUUCGUACGAAAGCUUUGGUGAUAUUAAACACAAAACAAAUCCUGAGUAAAGCGAAGAUAACACGUGCGAAAUUUCAACAACAUUUACAAACGCCCACAAUCCUUUAUGAAGCAGCGUGAUGAAUGAUCGAGAAUGCGUAGCUUGUAAGAAACCAGUUGAGUUGAAUGAGAGCAAACGUAAGCAAAAUCUAAUAAGUUAAACAAAUCGGCGACGGCAGUUGUACAGUUGAGACUUUUAUAUUAGAAGCGCUGAGAAAAGUUUUUCUAGGCUUAAACAGAAUAAAGCAUAGAAGACAAAGAAAAAUCUCACAAAAAAACAUUAAUGAAACAUUAAAAACAAACAACUCUACUCGAGGAAGUAUUCUUAGCUCCUAGGAACUUAAAUCAGCAAACAUGAAAAAGGAACAACAGUACUGACUUUGUAUAAUAUUAAACUCUAAUGAUUACGAUUAUUAUCAAACAAUUAUAGAAACCACAGUUUGGCGAGAAGGAGGUAACAGCAGCAACAGAAAUACAUGCGCAGUACGAUAAUAACCUAUUGAAGCAAACCCAAGCUAUGAGAAAAACAAAACAACCUUUAUAAAAAUAAAAAUCUUCAUUGAAA